AUGAGAAGUAUGGUUAUUGAUACUCCUGCUAUGGGUUCGGCGUCUACUUCUUUUGUGUGUUUGAAUUGUCUGUUGAGUAUCUUUAGUGGAGAUUUUGGAAUUGAUUUAAUAUUUUUUCCGUUAGAUCAACUGGAUGUGAUUCUUGGUAUAAACUGGUUAGAGUAUAAUCAUGUUUAUAUCAACUAUUUUGAUAAGACAAUUAUCUUUCCUGAAAAUGGUGUUAAGGAAGAUUUAUUUUCGUUUGCCAAACAAGUGGAUGAGUUUGUGCAAGAUAUUGCAAAGUUGUUUAUGUUGAUGUCAACUUUGGAUGUCUGUGAAAAAAGAACAAUUGGUGAAUUUCCAAUAGUUUGUGAUUUUCCGGAGGUAUUUCCUGAAGAUGUAAGUGAGUUACCGCCAGAACGUGAAGUGGAGUUUAUGAUCGAUUUAGCUUUUGAGUUGAAAGAUGUCAGCUUUUUAAGUUGA